GGCAGAGCUGAGGCUGAACAGUAAACUUGAAAACGACCAUGAAUUUUAGGGUUUGACUUUGAGUGCACGAGCAUUGAGAAGAAGCAUUUUGUCAAUUUCGAUCUGAGAGUCAAAGGAGGAGGACGCUCGCAGGCUGGCUUAGCUGAGCAAUCCUCUGAGUUCCGCAACAAUUGCCUGGACGUAGGAAUCAGGGUGCUGGACGGCGACAAUGUCUGCAUGAAGAAUUCAAACUUCUGUGACGUAAGUACAGUGAGUUGUUGGAGUGUCUCAUUCAAGCCCCGUUGAUUGUUGUUCCAAUAAGGCCAAUCCCAAUGCACACGCUGCAUGGUGGCGCUUCCUGAUGACCCCGUGGAGGCGCCUACGGAGCGCCGCCCUCCCAAGUCAAACCCUGACUGCACUCAAGAUGCUGAGCUUUGCCAUAGACGCCAAUUCUGGGGGCGCCAGAACAGGCGUUCUUAGUUUUCCCAGCAGAGGUCUCACCCUGCCUACCCCAGCACUUCUUGUAUACACCAGGAAGGGGCUCCCUCUCAACCUGAUGCCGGACUUGCUCGAUGAGUUGAAGGAUGACGGCGUGACGACGUUGCAACUGAACACGAUGCAUUUCAUUGAGGGGCCCAGCGCAGACACUGUCAGGAAGGCCGGGGGCGCUCAUAACUUCCUGGGCGUACAAGACUACAUCCUAUUGGCCUUGGGACGAGACGCUAUGAACUUUGAGGGGGGCGGCCCCGCCAGUGCCACCUAUGCCUCAUUUGACACCCCCUCAGGACGCCGUCAGGUGACGCCAGAAGCGUAUGCUGACAUCAUCGAUGCCCUCCGGCCCGACAUCUUCGUACCCCUGGCUGACGACAUACCCUCCACAUCGGGACGGAAGCGGGUGAAGCAGUCAGUGGACCGUUCGCUCAGCUGGUUAGACGAGUGCAUCGAGAGGAAUAAGCAGGGUAUUCCGAUCUUUGGUUCCGUACAAGGCGGAAGCAACCUGUACGAGCGGCCGCGAUCGGCAGAGGAGACGGCGGUGCGGGAUGUAGCGGGAUUCCAUCUCGGCGGCUUUGGACUGGGCGAGUCCUUCGAUGAGCGGCCGACUCUCCUCGCUGCAGCAAUCGACAAGCUCCCCCCCUCCAAACCCCGCCAUGUCAGCGGCCUUUCAGUCCCCGAAGAAAUCCUACAAGGCGUCGCUGCGGGAGUCGAUCUCUUUGACAGCGCCUACCCUCUAUCACUAACCCUCGCCGGGUUAGCAAUGACCUUUCCGGUCAGUCAUGAGUCCCCGGAAGUAGGGUCAGCGGACGGAAUCGGAAGCAGCGGAGCAACGGAAGGCGAGGGACCCGCCUUGGGGGCGGACUGCUCGAAGCUGAACCUGCUGUCCCUGGCUCUCAGAGAGGAUCCGCGCCCGCUGCUCCCCGGCUGCCAGUGUUACACGUGUCGGAAUCACACACGGGCGUAUUUACACCACCUCCUGAACGCGCACGAGAUGCUCGCGCAAGUGCUCCUCGAAAUCCAUAACACACACCACUACACUCGAUUCUUUCGGGCGAUUCGGCAGUCCAUCAUUGAGGACAGGUUUGACAGGUUUCGGCAAGCUUUUGUUGACAGAUGUAGAACGACUCAAAUAGACGUAAAGCCAAUGGCACCGAAACCAUCUGGGAGAACUUCUCGCAUAGAUGGAGUCCAUGAACUGGAAAAAUGCUAAGCCAUCCUUAUCCCUUUAAUUGUUAGUACCUCGGAAGCACGCGUUGAGCCAUUGUAUCUAUCUUACACACGACAAGGUUCCUUUGCGAAUAAGAGAUCCAUAGGUAAGACGGCUUCAGGCCGUGCAAGCCAGUCUGCAACAGGUAUCUACGUCAUCACGUUGGAUUUUGAGCACUUGUAUUCUACGGAAGUGGUAC